AUGUCUUGCCGAUUCCCAAAAAUCCUGCUCUCAAGCGGCCACAAAAUGCCCCAAAUCGGGCUUGGCACCUGGCUGGCCAAACCUGGUGAAGUUGCAAAUGCUGUCGAACAAGCCCUCAAAAUCGGCUACCGCCACAUAGACUGUGCGGUUUCGUACGAAAAUCAACACGAAAUCGGGCCCGUCUUCAAAAAGGCACUCGAGGCCGGACAGCUAACCCGGGAAGAGCUUUUCGUAACCAGUAAGGUCUGGAACACUCGUCAUUCGUACAACAAGGCCAAGCAGUGUGUCGGUGAUAUUUUGCGAGAAUUACAGCUGGACUAUCUCGAUUUAUGCCUCAUUCAUUGGCCCGUUGGAUAUUUCGAGGAUACGGAUGAGGUUUGGCCUAAAGAUGCCAAUGGAAAAAUGCGAUAUUCGGAUGUGCACUUCACAGAGACUUGGCGGGCCAUGGAGGACCUGGUUGAUGAAGGACGAGUUCGUUCGAUUGGUCUCUCCAACUUCAAUCACCAUCAAAUCGACGAAGUACUGACGGUUGCUCGUAUCAAGCCGGCUGUUUUGCAGGUGGAAUUGCACCCUUAUUUCCAACAAAGACGUCUCCGGGACUACUGCCAGACGAAUGGAAUUGCUGUGACAGCCUAUAGUCCACUGGGCAACCCUGCAAUGGCCUUUCGGAAACAGGGUGACCCGUCCAUCCUCAGCGAUCCAGUAUUUUUGGGAAUUGCCGCGGAAGUCGGGAAAUCGCCUGCACAGGUUGCUCUCCGAUGGGCCAUCCAAGAGGGCAUCAUCAUCAUCCCAAAAUCUGUGUCCGAAAAGCGGCUGAAAGAAAACAUCGACAUUUUCGACUUUGAGUUGAGUGGAAGCCAGAUUGAGAAGAUUCGGGGUGCAGACAGGAAUUGGCGCAUCCUCAACACCGUCGAACGCGAUGGGGCACAUCCGCUUUGGGGAUUUGGGGCUGAAUAU